AUGGUUCUCCAACUCUAUAUUGACCCGGCCUCGGUCAACUGCCACAAGGUCGUUGCCGCCCUGGAUUACAUGGGCACGCCGUACGAGAUCAAGCACACAGACUACAUGAAGGGAGAGCACAAGACGGCAGAAUACGCAAAGAUCAACCCCAAUGCCACGCUGCCAUCAGCAACAGACGAUGGAGUCGCCAUCACCCAGUCCAACGCCAUCAUGCAGUACGCGGCAGAUAAGAAUGGUGGCAGCAGCGCCUAUCCCACGGAUCCCAAGCAGCGCGCCCUCGUCAACUGCUGGCUACACUGGGAAGCAUCCGGCUGGUUCAGGAGCAACUACGUCUACCUGGUAGAGAACAUCCUCAAGGGCAUCUCUUCCAUGGCGCCAGACCAGGAGACGCUCGCGGCAGAAGAGCCCAACUGGCUUAAACUAGCCAACGUGCUAAACGACCAGCUCGGCAAGACAAAGUACGUCGUUGGCGACGACAUCACCAUUGCUGACUUUGCCAUCAUGGCGCCAAUGCAUCUAUACCAAAUCCAAAAACUGCCGCUGGACAAAGUGCCCAACAUCCAGCGAUGGAUCGGCGACAUUGAAAAGAUUCCUGCCUGGCAGUCUAGUCAAGCCUACGUAAACAAGGUCUUUGGACUAGACAGCGACAGGUACGUUCGCGCCACUCUCAAUUACACCAAGUACAGCGACGACAGAUCAACUGAAGUGUACUUCUAUGAAGAUGAGCGAGCGGCAGACGCCCACCACCCAGGGGACGACGCCCAAGAGGUGUCCAUACACGAUGGGUGGGACAGGAAGGGGGAGUAUUCAGAGGACAAGCACGGGUUUUCAUUACACGAGUUCAAGAGCACGUACCCAAGGGACAAGUGGCAGGACGAGACGCUCGUCAAGGAGAAGUUCUACCCAGAGGUCGCCGAGUUUGUUAAAAAUACAGUUGGCGCCGCGCGCGUCCUUGUCUUCGACCACACGAUCCGCACAAAAGUGAACGAGGCGAAGAAACUGACCGACGAGUCUCAGACGUCGCAGCGUGCACCUGUAAGAUUAGUCCACUGCGACUACACGAGUGAAUCCGGGCCCCUUCGCGUGCGUCAACUGCUGGGCGAUGAGGCGGACGACCUUCUCUCCCGACGAGUGGCGUUUCUGAAUGUCUGGAAGCCGCUCGCCAAGGUGGAGGAGAUGCCGUUGGCAAUGUGUGACAUUACGUCUUCGCCCAAGGAGGACUUUUUCAAGUUGUUUUUGCGCUAUCGUGAUCGCACGGGGGAGAAUUAUGUGAUGCGCUACUCGCCCGAGCAUCGGUGGGUGUAUUUCCCGGAUAUGGAUGAGAAUCACUGCAUUAUACUCAAGACGUAUGAGUCGGAUGAGAGUCGGGCGAGGUUUGUGGGACAUUCUGCGUUUGAGGAUCCGACGUCGAAGCCGGAUGCGCCGUAUCGGGAGAGCGUGGAGAUUCGUACGAUAGCGUUUUUCUAG